UCUAAGAGACUCUCAGUUAUUCUCCAUUCUGUGUUGGCUGAAUAAACAAUAAACUCUUCUCCCUUCAGUUGUGUCCGAGCCAGAUUCUGCAUGUGGGUCCGUAAGGUUCAGCCAGACAUGACAGAACCAUCAGGCCAGUCAGACCCAGCAGAAUCACCUCCUGGCUCCGCAGCGGACCCAGCCGGUAUUUUGCAGCAGGUCCGCCCCCUCACGCAGCCGGCGCAGCAAGUGAUCUCCCCCUGCCGCCUCCCGCACAGUCACGUUUCCGGGACGCCUCCUCACCAACUCCAGAGCCCUAUUCAGUUCACGUUUCGGCUUUGGACGUCCCCAGUGGUCCUUGGCCAUCCUUGGCUCUCAUUACAUAAUCCACAUCUGAACUGGAGAGAGGGUAGAGUUGAGUCCUGGAGCCUCCAUUGUCUCUCAAGCUGCCUCCGUUCUGCCCAUGUGAGUUCCCAACCCGCUGACAUGAGGUGUGAGGUUUUUCUCCUUUUGAGGUGUCGCUGGGUUACCAGCCCCCCCUUUUUCCAUCAGAAGAAGGGCAGACAUCCAUUACUUCAGUUCAACAUCAUCUUCGACGCUGCAAGCGUAUUUGGGAACAGACUCGGAGAGCCCUGCAUCGAACCGCUGAACAGAAUCGGCGCUAUGCUGACCGGAAACGAGCUCCUGCCCCUGCCUACCGCCCUGGAGACAAGGUGGGCGUGGCUGGCUGUCCGAGCACCUGAGACCAAUCAACCCAUCCACCUGAGAGGGAUUUAAGGAGCUGCAGCCAUCUCUUCCACGCCUGAUGGUCCCCAUAUUCUGGUUUUAAUCGAAGCGCUCCUGGACGGAUCCCUUCUGCGCCUAACUCAGCGUGCUGAUCCUAUCUGCAGCUUAGUUUCUGUCAGCCUGCCCGCUCUCCACCGCUCCAGUGAAAACUCUCUGACGAUCGCCUCAGUCUGACUGCCCGCUCUUCACCACCUCUGUGACAGCUCCGUGAUCAACGUCUCCUCCCUCAGCGCACCUCCAGCCACCUGCACAGCCCGUGGCAGUGUAUUCUAAGAGACUCUCAGUUAUUCUCCAUUCUGUGUUGGCUGAAUAAACAAUAAACUCUUCUCCCUUCAGUUGUGUCCGAGCCAGAUUCUGCAUGUGGGUCCGUAAGGUUCAGCCAGA